AUGGCCUUUUUCAAUGAGAAACUUAGUGAAGCUCGCCAAAAAUGGAGUACUUAUGAGCAAGAAUUUUAUGCUGUGAUUCGUGCUUUGAAACAGUGGGAGCACUACUUGGUGCAACGAGAAUUUGUACUCUAUACAAAUCACCAGGCCCUAAAGUUACUCCACAGUCAGAAAUCUGUGAGCAAGAUGCAUAUAAGGUGGAGUACCUUCAUGCAGAAAUUCCCUUUUGUGAUUAAACAUAAAUCAAGUACCCUUAAUCGUGUGGCAAAUGCUUUGAGCCGAAGAGCAAACAUGCUAGUUCCCAUGGCUCAAGAGAUUGUGGGAUUUGAGUUCUUGAAGGAGUUGAAGACUUUAAGGAGAUUUGACCUUCUUGAAGGAGAAGCUAAUUCGAGGUUUACAUGGAGGAAGCCUGAGUGGGCACUUGGGAAGAGACAAAACAAUUGCUGGCAUGGAGGAGUGAUAUUAUUGGCCACAAUUGAAAAAGGACGUGGGAAAGAUCGUGCAAAAGUGUUAUACUUGUCAGGACCUUUCUAUGGACUUCGCGUUGGGACUCCCCCAUACACAAAGGGGAGUCUCCAAGAUUGGACACUUUAUCGCGUGCAAGAAGAUGAAUGA